GGGGUUUGAACCCCGCAUUUCAAGGCGCCCAGCUUGAGACUCUUUGGAACCGCAGACUGGCUCCGAAAUCGACGGCCUCUCCUAUUUAUCAGCCUCGCUUCCUCUAUUGUAUAUGAAGUGUGCCUAAACUUAAGUCCUUUUAUCUUUAUUGUGCAAGUUGUACGACCGUGAGAGGAACUCUUAUGCUGGUGCCAUUGCCCCUGCAUAAUACUGGGUUUUCCUUUCCCGUUGGGUUGAUAACAUUCCCUAUGAAAGUCUUGAUGGAGAUACCGUGCCUGUCGUGAGAUACUGGUUUUCUUUUCCUGUUGAAUUGAUCUAUCCUCGUAGGAGAAUAUAGCGGACAACCCUGAAGACUUUUAGAUCGGCAUACCCCUCGCAGACUACUUGGUGGUACAUCUAUGAAGAAUGGAAGAUCGGAUAAUGAUGCCAAAUAAUUCACAGCACACCGUCCACCACCAGAAAUAUUUCACUUACUUGCCCAGAACCUUGGAGGUCAGUAGUGCUAGACCUAAAAGCACAAACAGCCUGUCAGUUGAAAACUCAAAAACGUUUUCCACUUACUGGUAUCCAAAGUCUCAUUAUGUGAGGGCUGUCCUGAUGAGUGAGUCAAGUUUCGGGGCUUACCAGAGAAACACUAACCAUUCGGCCUCCACUCUAAGGUCGAAGUAGAGCACCAUUCUAUUGAAACUAAAGCAAAAUGCUCAAGAUGAUGUCCAGUCUAAGAUCAGACCGGUGCUGGGACCAAGCCGGAUCGACGAUAGUUCUAAUCUCAAAAUAAGCGUGUCAUUUUUUAUUUUAUUUUUUUUUGGUGGCUCUGGUCAUUUGGUAAUUCCCAGAUGCUCAUUCCUGUAUAUCUCGUUCGAAUUUUCCGUCCUUGAAUUUUAUCUUCUCUCCUUCAGAUAGCAAUUACUUGGUAUAAUUAAGGCCCUCUUACAUUUUGAUCCUUCCUUGAUUAAACGACAUUUAUUCUGACAUCCUUUUAUCUCCUUUUACACACUCUCUCACUCUUACUGCUUUACCUUCUUACUUUCCGUUCUUAUCGUGGUCGAAGCGAUUAUCAAUUUAAAAUAAUAAAUAAGAGCCUUUCACUGGAUUGACAAUGGCUCUAAGAAGUUCGGAAGGAGAUCCCACGGAUAAAUUUCCCCUCCUCAUCAAAAAUGGAUUGGUCAUCCAUAAGACCCUAAGUGAUGGAAAUUGCCUUUUCCGUGCCCUAUCGGACCAGUUGUAUGGUGAUUUUGAGCGACAUCUGGAAGUUCGCAGAAAUGUGGUUGGGUAUAUGCGGGCUCAUCCAGAUGAUUUCAAACUGUUCAUUCCGGCGGGUUCAAUUAAGAAAAAUCCGAGGAGAAGAGUUGCGGCAGCUGGCCAUAUUGAUAACAACGCGGCUGCGGACGCAGAGCUGGAACGGUGUUUCCAGAAUCGGUUGGAGAAGAUGUCGAGGCCGUGUGAGUGGGGCGAUCAUGUCGAGCUGGCUGCCUUUGCAAAGGCCUAUAAGGUAGAUGUCACCGUGUGGCACAAUGUCUACAAAACGUCGCAACCCGCGGAGGAUGGUAAGUCCGCGAAGCGCCAUUUGCACCUUGCAUUCGACGAACCCUGCUCGCACUGGUCUUCUGUUCGCAACGUAAAUGGAUCAUCUUCGGGGCUCCCGGCCAUCAAUUACGGCGAGGAAGCAAAGGUCGAUGUCGCUAUCGCCGCUAAGUCCCUUGAGAUUAAUCCUCGAGGUGAUUCAUUCGAACGCAGCGUCAGCGAUAGUAGUUCAUCUUCUUCGGCCACUUCAAGGAAUAAAAGGAGAAGAGAUAGUGGCGGCGACCGCGAAGGAAGACCUCGAGGAGUCAAGCGACGCCAUGGAAAACUCGCAAAGAAGAUGUCGUAGCAACGAAAGAAGCUGCUGGAGCUUGCAGCCACUCCCUUUCACGGUGGCUCUUCCAACGCUUUUUCUGCUUAGUGAGACAAAGUCUAAACUGUCCGUGCAAUCAGAGACAGAAGUGGGGAUCAAAUAAAACACCAUCGAAGAAGGUAGCGCGAAGGCAGGAUUCCUGUGAAAGAUCGCCCAGCUACAAUUCACACUGCCUCUCGAUAAGCUUUUUUUGUCUCUUUAGACUUCCUUCCAUCGACAGCUUAACUGCUACCCCGCCUUCUGCAAACGCCACUGCCACUUCGCGGCCUUUACUUCAGCUCCUUUUACCAGCAUCCUCCCUGUACGGUACAGAACCUUGUGGCACUGCUAUGACGAAUUCACAGGGCCGAAGCAUCCAUCAUACUAAUGGAUGCGAUAUCCAGUUUGAACACGAUAGAUAGCUGGCUAUACGACAGCUUCAAGAAGUGACGGGUUGUCUCCAGUUUGGCAUGUACAUAGUUGAGGACUUUUGGCACUGCCUUGUGGAGUCAGCUAGCGAUAUAGGCAGGUGCUUUAUGCACCACGGCCUAUGGACGAAAAAGCAAAGGAAAUCAGCUGCGAUGCCCUUAUAAUAGAUCUCGGACAUGGAUACGGGCACAUUCUCAGGCCAGUUUCAUAUGGCCGCCGAUGAAUGCUCGACUGAUGGGGGCAGUGACAAGGCUUGCACGGCCGAGGCAGGAAGCGCAGCAUUAGAAUAUGUGAGCAAGCUCCGAGCGAACACAUAGCUGCAGCGUAUACCGAGGUUAGAACGACCUAUUUCAGUAAUCACAAUCUCAUCUGAAGUAGACUGAACCAUACACGGCCUAUGCACCUUCGCAAUUCCGGGUAGAAGAACGAUAUGAGCUGGCCGUGAAACUUUUCCAGCGCAUCACCACCUAUAUGAGACAGCAUUACAUAUCAGCUCAGACAAGAUAAAAUUGUCCAUGAGUCUCAUUGUAUCCGCAUCAGCAUCAGUAUCAGCGUUAUUGAUGCUGGAUUGUACUCUGUACUGUAGUUUACUGACGUGCUGUUCUACAUGUACGGAGACGCCCUUCUCUUUACCUCUCGGGAGCUACUGCGCACCAUGAUGUCUAUGCGACGCUACGUAGCUCUGAAAGAUCUGGCUGGUAUCCAAGGCGCUGAUACAUGGCUAUUUUCCAGGAGGAUACUAGGGUAGAAUAUUGCCAACGACGGAGGACGCCGAGGCAGCUGGUCCCGUGUUAGACGCCGAGUUUAUGAUGGAUAAGUGAAUUAGUAGCCAGGAACUGCGCUUAUAGCAUAUCCAAGAUGGUCAGGAGAGAAAUUUCUUACAUGUGGUGCAUGACGGGCUACGACGAUAUGUACAUGACCACAACCCAUGGCGAAAUGGCAAUUACUGUGUUCAGAAAAUGCGACAUGGCAUAAACCGCUUCUGAUCUCCAUUAGAAUGUCUCCCAGUACAUUAUUGCUGUACACCUCCCUGACAUAGACGCUCCUGGAGCCUUCACAUCCCAAGCUGCUGUAUCGGUGGCCAGGAACAAAAGGCAGUACGGAUCCUAGGAUAACCUGGCUCAGCACAUCCAGAGCCCUCUCCCCGAAGAAUCCCUUAGACCCUGUUACUUCCAGCUGCAUACAGGGU